AUGGCCUCCCUCACACGACCGCACUCCUCGCUUAAAUCCUUCCCUCCCUUCCCCUUUCCAUAUCCUCUCCUUCUGCCCUUCCAGGCGGGAGCACUGGACAAGCUCGAGGCCUUCACCAGCUUUAACGGGCCCGACUUCUACGGCCUGCCGCGCAACUCCCGUCGUGUCACUCUCAUCCGCCAACCGUGGGCCGUGCCUGACUCGUACCCAUACAGCGAUGGGGGCUCUCUUGUGCCCAUGCUGGCCGGGGAGCAACUAGAGUGGCAGGGCAGUCAGUUAUCUGGUGCUACUUCUGAGGCGCCACAACACUCUGUCUCCCUGCUCUGUCUGCUCCAUGCCUUGCUCGCUCCUGUGUCUCUACGCCCCGGCCUGCCCCAUGACUCUCUGCCGUUUGAUCAGCUGCAGCAGAAACACAUUCGCCCGCACCACUUCUGCUUGCCUGUGUUGAAGCGGGAGACACACCGGGCGGGUGGCUGUUACAGUGACCCCGCAGCACCUGAGGGGCGGGUGGCUGCUACAGUGACGCCGCAGCACCCGCUGAGGAAUCUCAGUGCUCUGUUUGCUGGGGGCAUUCGGCCACACCCCUUCUGCCUUCCUGUGCUCAUGAGAGAGAGACACACCGGAAGUUUCACCUGCUGCGAGGAGGGAUUAGGCAUGCACACCAACGAGAGAGGAAAGAGAAUCACAGGCCAGGCGAUAGUGGCAGCAGUGACGGGCGGCAGCACUCGUUUCUUUCUCGGCACCGACAGCGCGCCUCACGAGCGGGCCACUAAGGAGGCGCCAUGUGGCUGUGCCGGGAUCUUCUCUGCGCACGCCGCCCUGCCUCUUUACCCCCGGGCCUUCGAGCAGGUGAGUGUGAGGUGUUACUGA